AUGGCAUCUAGACUCUUAGAGUGCGCGCCAGGAAGAUUCAGAAAACGCUCACAGUCAUACGGUCUCCCGGCUGAUCCGGGAUUGCCGAAGCCUGACCAGGUAGUGGUCGUAGGCACCGGGCAAGAGCUCAAUGUCGGCCGUGCUUUCGCCCGGGGCACAUUUGGCACUGUACACCCGGUGGAAGGCAAGUUGAAUGGGGAGGAUGCAGUGGUGAAGCUGCCGCGAGUCCACCGGUUGCCUUUCCACGUCAGCGACGUGCUCCUCCUGGACGAAGUGGACGAUGUGAAACGAGUGCGUCGUCGCGAGGAAAUGCUGCAAGAGGAAGCGAAGGUCCUCCAGUUGCUGUGCGAUUGCCGGGGCGUUGUUCCUUGGCUCUGCAACAUCCGGGCAUGGGUCGGUGGUGUGCAGGUAACUGGCAUGGCCUUGCAGAAGAUGGACUGCACAAUGCGACAGCUUUGGACGCACAGCAGCAGCACUCAGCUGAGCGUCAAUCAGAAUCGUUGCAACAGCAUCCGAUUGGCAGGCAUCCUCAGGUCCGCGGUUAACGUUCUCUUCGCAUUGCGCAGAAUGCACCAGUGUGGGCUCUGUCACAUGGAUAUCACACCGGACAACUUGCUGUGGAGUGAAGAUCACUGCCAGUUGUACCUGGCGGACCUCGGCUCAGCUGCACGACGGCCAGGAUUCACAUGGCGGGCAUUGAAGGAUCUGCCCGAAACUGCCAACAUCCGUCAGAGCUAUGCUUUGGCUUUCAGAGCAGUGUGGCGGGUGCUGUUGCAGCUGUAUGGUCAAUUCCCUACCUACACCUUUCUUCGCUGCGAUCUCCACGGCGAGACCCCUAGCGACAUGAAAGUCGAGCUGCCCCUUGCCGAUCCCCGCCUCGACUACUUCGCACUCGUGAUCAUUCUGCGCAACCUGCUUGGAUUUCAAGGGCGUGUCGCUGGUGGUCGCCAUGAUGACUAUCCGUUUGGCGAAGCAAGGAUAUCUCCGUACUCCUUCCGUCCACCGAAACCUGAGAGGCCAUGGGGCCAGGCAGAUCCGACGUGGCCAUCACUUCUGGAGGCGGCUGUCCAGCUGCGGGCCUUCAACCAUAGGCUGGAGGCGCUUCCGCCGCAGCCGGAGCACGAGCUCAAGCAGAAGGGAGAUUCCUUCUUGGACGAUGCCUUGAGGAUUUGCCUCCAAGAUCUCGCAGAGAGUCGCGAGAGGCUCAGGAGGCUUCAGGAGCUCGACCUCUGGCGGGGGAGGCUUGGCCCCGGACCCAGCGGACCUCUCGUCUUCUGGCAGAGAGAUUCCUCCGGCACGCCCGUCAACAUCAUGUCCUUCGACCUUUCGAAGCUGGGAGAGAAGCCGCAGCGCUUGGUUCCCGAGGCGAAGAAGGAGCUCGCUGAGUGCUUGGGCUGUUGGCCUCCCCAAAUCAAGCUGUGGGCUUUGCUGCGGCCCCGCUACGAGAAUUUCGAAGAGGAGGAGGAGGUCUUCCCAGGUUUGUGCCCGGAGCAGCUGGAUUCGCCCCUCCUGCGCUUGGAGGUGAUGCCAGUCGAGCAACUCCAGAAGGGGAUCGGGUUCGAGUUCACUGCGCACCUGUUGGAGAUCAGCUACGAGGAGGUUUGGUACCUGCUGAACAGCCGCCACGUGCACCCCGACUGCAUCUCUCUGCGAGACCUCAUCGACGCAGGGUCCGGGCCAUGCCGCGCGGCCCUGGAGAACAAGGCAGAUCCCAACCAGAGCAGCGACUGGAGAGACAGAGACCUGAGGAGGUAUCCGUUGGCAGACUUUUGCGAUGGCAGAGGCACUACACCCCUGACCUACGCAACCGAGAAGACGCCCUAUAGGUGGGACGACGGCGGCUUGUUUCGCCUCAGGAAUCGCCAGGCUAUGGCAAUGAUGCAGAUGCUCUUGGAGGCUGGGGCGGAGGUCAACAAGGUUGAUGACAACGGCGACAAACCCUUGUCGCUGGUACAGUGCAAAAUGGAAAAGUGGCGCAAUGAACGGCAGCUUGAGAUGCUUCUUACGUUUCGUGAAACUUACGGCUUGUUGAUCUACUACUUGUUGCUCGGCGCUGGUACAGACUCGACACUGCUCACCGUUUCUGUUUGA